AUGACAACUUCGGUACUAGACGAUGAAAAUUUUCAUGUCAAAGAGCUUAAUAGACUAUUUCUAAGUUGUACCAAAAAUGGCGACACGCACUUGGAUGCAUCUGGUGUGCAGGAUUUGUGCAUUAAACUCAAUCUUUCUUCCUUUGUUGGUGUCAUACUUGAACGAAUACUCAGUGGUUGUACAGCUGUCGACUUUACGAUUUUCAAAGAGCGCUUUAUGCACUUGCUGCCAGAUAUUAUCAGUGUUACCACAGUAGAAGAAAAUCUUGAAAGUAGUGCAGAAAAAAAUUUGUCGGAGCUUGGAAUUGAACCGCAUGGCUUUUUAACUCGAUACGAGACUCGUAUUUUAUGUGAACAUACACCAGAAUUAAACAGUCUUGGAGUAGUCCAGAUCAAUAAACUUUUUGAUCAGGCGGAUAGCAGUCACGCAGAACGCAUUACAUUGUCACAGUUUCUUGCCCAGUAUCAUAUGCAGAAGGAGUUAAGCGAAGAAGUGAAUUUUAUUACAGAACCUUUAGUACCUUCAGUGAAUUUGUUCGAGGCAUUGGAUCCUUCUAACACUGGAACUGUUCGAUGUCAAGAAUUGUUGGAACAUUGGCAAGCGUCCGGUAUUAGCUUGGAGCAGGGUUUAUAUGUUUUGAAGCUUUCCGGUCAACCACUUGAAGGAACAAUCAAUACUAUUUCACUCAGUGAUAGUUUAGGGCGACAGUUAGGUAAUUUAGCGGCCUCACCAACUGCCUCCACAAUAAUUCGAGUUGCCUUGCUCUCGCUUCAUGCUUUUAUUGAUCAUAUAAGGUUUUCUCUAAAGGAGGCUGAAUUGCGUGCAGAGCAUUUUUACAAGCAAUUUCAACAGGCGAACCAAAGGCAUGUUCUUCUAAUUGAAGAACUGGAGCAAAAUCAGCUCUCCAUUGAGCAGGCAUAUGAGCAGCGGUUUAGGAGUUUUGAUGAACGCUAUCGGACAAAGAUAAGUCAAAUAGAAGAACGAUUUUCCCAAGAAAAAAAGGAUUUGUUAAUUGAAUUAGAAAAGGCAGAAGAAGAGCUUGCUCGAUUUCGGAAAAAUGAAUCAUCAUAUCGUACUCGUUUGCAAUUGCUUGAACGGCAGUGCACACGAAUUACAGAAGAAGCGAGGGCAUUAUCUGAAACGAUGCAACAGUUAGAGCAAAUGAACCGACACUUGCGCAGCGAACUGAAUAAAGCGUUACAACUACGGCCAAUGGAAGAAAUUCAGCCAAUGAUGAUACUAAGACAUCGCAGAUUGCGAAAACAAGAAGAGGAAUUACUAAGUAAUGGAAAAAAGCGCAAUAGUCGUUUGAAUAUGGUUGAGCCACUUUAUUUUCACCGGACUGGCAAGUUUAGGUUGGAAAUAUUGGCUUUAAAAAGUCGCAGGGAAGGUAGACCAUUUGAUACACUCUCAGAGAUGGAAAGUGAACCAGAGUCCAUCUUUGUAAGAUCCAGAAGACGCCGCAUGUUGAAAGUCAAGGAACGGAAACGUCGGCAUGACCGAAUUGCUAAGGUUAUGGAAAAUUCCUCUUCAAUUGUUAGUAGUAAUUUAGAUGAAUGGAUAGCGAAUGCAAGGAAAGAUAAUGAAAAGGCAUCAGAUGUUGGAUUGAGUAAAAAGCUCAAGCAAACUUUGCUAGAUCGUUCGCAAGACAAUGUGGUGGAACAAAUCAAAGAACAACAUCGAAAAGAGAUUGUGGCUUUAAAGCAGUCGGCUAAGACUCUUGUAGAUGCUUUAACUGAUCAACAACGAAAAAUUACACAAAGUUUCGAGAAGGAACGGCGUCAGUUUCAAAUAAAAUUGGUUACUGAAAGAAACACUUUAGAACGAAAGUUCGCAGAGGAAAAAAUGAAAAUGAUCGAUCAACUGCAGGAAGAAUUUGAAUGCGAACUGAACCGCCUAAAAACGAUCAUAUCUCCGUCAACGUCUGACGAUUCACGAUUAUUCACUCGUGAACUCGGGCAGUGUAACGGCGAAAGCAAUGCUCUUGAAAGUAUGAAAGGCAUUCAAACACAUGGCUCAGUGCAAUCUCUGCCCAACGUUAAACCACCACAAUUCAGUGUCUUGAUGAAAGAGUUCCGGAAAAAUGGUAAUUCAUGUAAUGUAUUUAAUCAGAGUAAUGAUAUUGAUGUGUUGAACAUAGAGAAGAUAUCUUCACCGCCAAAAACAUUUUGCAAGAAUGGUUGCAUGGUGCACGGCAAAUGCUCCCAUUAUGAAAUGAUAAGAACAAAGUUAAAGCAGAUUCAUGCAGCAGUAACAGGUGAUAAUAAUAUCGUCGAGAGCGGCUUUGAGGAUGUUAUCUCUAGUGCUGAUAGCACAGCUGAAGGACAUCCGCAUUUGAAGAACGAAAUCAAAAAACUAAGCAGUCGACUUUGUUCGGCUCGUGAAAAAAUCAUAGAAUUGCGUGCUUACUUUGCAAGGUGCUCUUCUACUUGUGUGGAGAGCUUUGAAAGUUGGAAAAUUAGACAACCAACUGGCGACUGCUUGGGUACUAGAAGUACAUGGAUGGCUCGUGAUAGUAGCAAAAUUUCGAGGAUGGAGCAACUUAAAGCAGAGAAUGUUUUGCUUACUGCGCGAUUAGCAGAAUCAACAGAAUUGGUGAAAAUGUUGGUUCGAGAAUAUAGUGAUCAGUUGAAUAGAACAUCACGCUUAGGGAGAUUUAUCCGUUCUAUCUACUCUAUUGAUGAUGAAUAA